ACCAGACUUCCCGCCCUCCGCUGGUUUUGAAAAGUAGUGAGACUCCGUUGCAGCAGUUUUGCGAGAGCUGUUGUCGAACUCUAGCUAGCACCUAGCGCUUGCCACCAUCGACGCCAUUGUUUUUCUUACCUUAUCGCUCUAGGAUUUAGCUAUGUACACUUGCAUCUCUUGAGAAACACUGUCCAGGAAAGGAUUUGCGUUGAGCUUGGGGCGAGUGGAAGAAAGUCUUACAGAUUUGUAUCCUACGUAGGGCAAGAGAGGAAGGAGAUUGUCACUGGCAGGGAGGGUACGGUGAUCAGGAGGACCCUGGAAGAUGAAACCCCCGACCCUAUGGUGUUGCUGAAGCUUUUGUGCUUGCUUGCUUGCUUGCUUGCUUCAGACAUCUGGCGUCAUGCGGUGAUUAUCCUUGUUAGGGUUACGGAUUCGGGAGUGUUUAGGGGAGUAGGUUGAGAAUUAUGCCAGGUUGUGGUUGUGAAGAGUUGGUUUGGUGGUUUUCCUUGGUUCAGCUGCUCGGAAUUAGGUUGUGGCCACAUUUUCUCUGUGCAUAUCAGAAUCAGCACCCUGGUCUAGCCAUGUGCUCGUCGACUUAGCUGGCACAGGACGGACUUAGGUCGCGAUGACUUUCCUCGCUAGCUUACUACCCCGAUCCAUUUAGAAGGCUUCUCCGUUGCGCCUUUUACUCGGUGUUUGAGGUUUGGGUUCGCAAAGGGGCUCGAGAACAGAGACGGGCGGGUGUAGACGACUACGAACAAGGGGAGGAGGUGGAGGUAGUUUAUCUGUGCGUGCGAACUGCUCAGCAACCUCAGAUAGGAUGGGCGUGGAAAAUUAUCAUGUGAUAGAAUUAGUGGGGGAGGGUUCAUUUGGUAAAGUUUAUAAAGGCCGUCGGAAGUACACGGGUCAGACGGUUGCAAUGAAGUUUAUACUCAAGCAUGGCAAGAGCGACAAGGAUAUUGAUAAUCUCAGACAGGAGAUUGAGUACCAUGUCUCUCCAGAUAUUGCGGCAAUUAAAGCAUGAGAAUAUCAUUGAAAUGCUUGAUGCCUUUGAAAGCCCCCAGGAGUUCUGUGUUGUGACUGAGUUUGCUCAGGGUGAACUGUUUGAAAUCCUGGAAGAUGACAAGAAUCUUCCAGAGGCUCAAGUACAAGCAAUAGCAAAACAAUUGGUCAAGGCGCUGCAUUAUCUUCACUCUCACCGGAUCAUUCACAGGGAUAUGAAACCACAAAACAUUUUGAUUGGUGCUGGAGGGAUAGUGAAGCUUUGUGACUUUGGUUUUGCGAGGGCGAUGUCUUGCAACACAAUGGUUUUGCGGUCUAUAAAAGGGACGCCGCUGUACAUGGCUCCUGAGCUAGUUCGAGAGCAACCUUACAACCACACAGCUGAUCUUUGGUCCCUUGGUGUCAUUCUGUAUGAGCUUUAUGUUGGUCAGCCACCUUUCUACACAAACUCAGUAUACACACUUAUAAGACAUAUCGUGAAGGACCCUGUAAAGUAUCCUGAUAGCAUCAGCCCGAAUUUUAAAAGUUUCUUGAAAGGUCUUUUGAACAAGGUUUCUCAAAACCGCCUCACUUGGCCUGGUCUGUUGGAGCACCCCUUUGUUCGAGAGACAGCUGAUGAAGUGGCUGCAAGGGAUGCUCGGGCAGCGACCGCUGCAGCUAGAGGCUGUGAUGCAGCGUGGAGAGGAGAAGUGAAUAUCACUUUGGCUUCGCCAAUGCCAUCUAGUCGCAGCGCUGCUGCCAGUCCUGCCGUUGGAAGAACGAGAACUAUAUCAGAAAGCCCAGCUCCUAAUGACCGUACUGCAGUAGCUUCCCUGGUUACCGAUGGGAAUCAUACUCCUCAGGGUGCUGGUGUUUCUGCAAAUCCAACUACUCCCACGCCUACUACAUCUGGUGUGGAGGCGACAUCAACUUUAGAUAAAAUAGAAAGCACAUCAAGGACAGUUAAAGGAGCUCAGUCUGUUGGGCAGGAUAGGGGUGCUCUAGCCCACAUCUUGCAUCCUUUCCGCAAUCUUCUUUCCAAGGACACUGCAGGUCUUGUUAGUGAACAGGCAAGCUCAGCAGUUACUCAAUCGCUGCGCAUUUUAUCAAACCUGCUUGUUGGAAACGCUAUCAGUCAGAUUGUAGCUGUCGAGGACGUCAUCCCGACUGUAAUACUUUUGUUGAAGGCUACGUUGACUGCUCCAAAUGGUCAACAUGUUCACCUCCUCAUCAAGGGACUAGGUGUUCUGCGCAAGCUUAUCGAAGUUGGAGCGGGGAAGAUAAAUGAAUCUUUCGCUCACCCUAGUGUUGCACUUUUACGCCUCUAUCCUCAGGCUGUGGCAUACGCUCACGAUUCAUCUGGUCGCGUUUUAUAUGAGUCGACGUCUUGUGUAGCAGUCUUGCUUACAAGAAUCGCAACAGGGCUUGCAACAUUGGUGGCGUCAGGUGCAGAUGGAACUGAGAAUGUCGGUGGUGCAGCUACAGUGGAAGGGCAAACAAUGACUCAGAUUAUCACCCAAGCCAAAGUGCACAACAUUGCUGAUCAUCUCUGCUCUUGCUUGGGAGCAACAGGAUCCAAUCUCAUUUCCGGUGCAAGCACAUCUGCGCCAGUUGCCGGUGAAGCAUACAAGGCUUUAUGGGCUCUUAUGACCAGUAUGAAGCUAGCAUCAGGGAAGGGAGAACAAAAGCAGGGCUUUCCUUUAGCAGCUUUGCGAGGUUUCUCUGAAAAUUGGGCCGACGACAAGAAGGGAGAGCAAGAAGGCUCUAGAAGUGACGAUGGAGCUUCUGGGGUGAUCGAGACUGUGACGGACUGUAUAGCUAAGUCGAAGGGUGUCCAGGUUGCAGGAUCUUAUGCCCUCCUACAUGGAUCUGAUGCUGCACUCUCUGCAACUAUCCAGGUGCUACUCGGAUGUUGCAACCUUUCGCAGUUGGUAUGUGAUGUUCUAACAGGAAUUCCAACACAUGAACCACCAUCGUAUAACACAAUUAGUGGAGGUGGGGACGGCACAGCAGUUGGGGCAGUUUAUAGAGUCCUGUCCUUGCAUGGAGCUCCAGGUGUGGCAGCUUCAAAUGGGCCAAAUGAAGCUGACGGAGGUAUGACAAACACAACGGGAGAUCUCAUCACCCAUGCUUGUUUAGCUCUUGCUGCUGUUGCGCAAGGGUUGGCUUCAAGAGGGAGACGUGGAGCUAGCUGCAUACUCACCACUUCUCAGCCAAAGCAGCGUGCAAGAUUGGCCGCUCUGGCUCACCAAGCCUCAAUCGAGAGUGUUUCUAAAGGUGGUUCUUUACCAGCACGUUGUGCUGCAGCUAUGCUGGCCUUGGCAUCAAUUCUUGCACUUGAACAAGGUCUUGAACAGAAAAGUGGAGUUCCACCUUGGACUGCUGAGACUUCGCUAUCAUUGCCGUCCUUUCCCUCUCUAUCUACCCUUCGUAAUCUUAUUCAAAUAUCUCCCCAGAGUGCUCUUCCAACCCAAGAUGCACAAGGUCGUAAUUCUGGUAUGCUCACAAGCUGGCACGGGAUCCGAGAUGGAUGUGUUGGACUGCUUGAGGCUCGCCUUCGAUGGGGAGGUGCAAGUGUUGCUGAACAAUGUUGUUCAUUGGGUUUCCCUGCUGCCUUGGUGACCUUAUUAGCUGGCGGCUCAAAACAAAGGGAUGAUUGUGAUGACCCUAAUGGCUUAGGAGAUGAUAUUAUAGGGUUGUCACCUGUAGGUGUCACCUGGACCGUCUCUGCCUUAGCAUAUACCCUUCGGGGUGGAGGUUAUCGUGAUGUCUUAUUUCGCCGUGAAUCUUUGCUGUCCAUACUGGACUUAAUGGAUCGAGUUCAUCUCUCUCAUUUACAGUUGUGGGAAGGAAAUGGUGGUGGUCGUGAUGGAUUGCGGGCUUUGGUACAUGAGAUUGUUGGAGUUUUAGAAUUUCCUUUUGCGCAAGCACAGAGUAUUCCUGCCUCAGUUCCAAAUAGUGCAGCUUCUCCCUCACCUGGUGGGAGAACGGCGUCUGACUCGGGAACUGAAUUAACCAGGGCUAUGUCAGCAAACAUGCCUCAUUACUGGCAACUCCUGCAAGAGGUACAUGCUGCAGCUCCACUUGUAAGAUGCUUGGAGUUACUACAUACGAAUGAUUUAGGCAGGCCAGUUGGGCUAAUUGCCCGAAUGGUGCAAAGUUCAAGAGUUUUGGCAGGAGAAGUGGUUUCAGAGGGCUUUCUCGGAGCUGCCUUAAUGGCCAAACUCUUGGGGCCUGCCUCUCCCAAAGAAGUUGUGCGGGAUGUUCUUAUGACCUUAUCUAAUCUCUCUCGCAUGAACAAGGAUUUUUAUGAGCCUAUCGGACAGGCCAAUAUAUGGGGUGCUUUAAAAGCCUGUCUCAACCACACUGAUCCUGGGAUUCGUUCCAAGGUUUGCAGUGCGUUAGGAAACAUGUGUCGUCACACGCCUUACUUCUACGAUGCUCUGAUUGAGCAUGAUAUUAUCAAUAUUCUCAUUGACCGGUGUGUAGACCCGGAUAGGCACACAAGAAAGUUUGCCUGCUUUGCGGUUGGUAAUGCUGCUUACCAUGAUGAUCGGCUCUAUGAUCAACUGCAACGUUGUAUUCCUUACUUGACUCGGUUAUUGCUAGAGGAUGAGGAAGACAAGACUAAAGCAAACGCAGCUGGUGCCCUCAGUAACCUUGUGAGGAACUCCAGCAGGCUCUGUGAUGACAUCAUUUCAAAAGGAGCAAUUCAGGCUUUGUGUCAAGUGAUUUCUGUGUGUGCAGCCGCCCCCAACAAUGAGAAGCGAGAGUUAAGCAGUGAAUCGCCCCUUAAAAUCUCUCUGUUUUCUUUGGGAAACAUGUGUAUUCACGCGCCAUGCCGGCAACAUUUACGAUCACCCGAACUUUUUAAGGUGUUGAUGAAGCUAAAAAAAUUUACGGAUCCGACAAUUGUAAAGUAUAUUACUCGUAUCACCAACAAGUUUCCCGACGCCAGCACCCGUUAACCGUAUUUUCCUGGAUUCUCAAAAUUAGGAGCCCCAGCCGCUGCUUGUAUCAGCACCGUAGAUUCGACAGUUUCUUAAAUUCAUGUAACUUUCGUAAAUCUUCAGUUUACGUAGCUUUUCUAAUGAAAGCUCUUGUUGAGGUAUUUGUCAUACAUAAUUUUUCGUUCUCCUCGUUUCAAAUUGGUUAUGGUAGUCCUUCUGUAAUCUCAUGACCUCUCUACGAGGUAGUUUUUCAGAGUUUGAACUUUCAAGAAUUGCAA